CAGCAUAUCCCACAGAUGCUCAAUCGGAUUGAGAUCUGGGGAAUUUGGAGGCCAAGUCAACACCUUGAUCUCUUUGUCAUGUUCCUCAAACCAUUCCUGAACAAUUUUUGCAGUGUGGAAGGGGGCAUUAUCCUGCUGAAAGAGGCCAGUGCUAUUAGGGAAUACCGUUGCCAUGAAGGGGUGUAUUUGGUCUGCAGCAAUGUUUAGGUCAGUGGUACAUGUCAAAGUAACAUCCGCAUGAAUGCCAGGACCCAAGGUUUCCCAGCAGAACAUCUCCCAGAGCAUCACACUGCCUCCUGGUGCCAUCUCUUCCCCAGGUAAAUGACGCACAUGCACCCGGCUGUGCACAUGAUGUAAAAGAUGUGGACUGCUCCAUGGUCCAGUCCUGAUCCUCAUGUGCCCAUUGAAGGCGCUUUCAGAGGUGGACAAGGGUCAGCAUGGGGUCUCUGACUGGUCUGCAGCUAUGCAGCCCCAUACACAGCAAGCUGUGAUGCAUUGUGUGUUCUGACACCUUUCUAUCAUAGCCAGCAAUAACGUUUUCAGCAAUUUGUGCUACAGUAGCUCUUCUGUGGGAUCAGAACAGACAGGCUAACCUUCACUCCCCACAUGCAUCAGUGAGCUUUGGGUGUCCGUGACCCUGUCGCCGGUUCACCGGUUGUCCUUUCUUGGACCACUUUUGGUAGGUACUAACCACUGCAUACCAGGAACACCCUACAAGACCUGCUGUUUUGGAGAUGCCCUGACCCAGUGGUCUAGCCAUCAAUAUUUGGCACUUGUCAAAGUUGCUAAGAUCCUUACACUUGCCCAUGUUUCCUGCUUCCAACACAACAACUUCGAGAACUGACAGUUUACUUGAUGCUUAACCCUAGGGGGGCGCAGGAGAUGAAAAAAUAAAAAAUAAAAAAAAACAGCCAACAGACGUAGCAUGGAAGAUGGAUCGGUUUGUGAAAGGGAAGAGAAAAGCAGUAGAUGAGGUCACACAGACUUCCCAUUCAGGUGCUGGUCAUUCAAAAGCUAAAUGCAGAAAGUAUGAUGAGGCAUAAUCUUGCUCUUGGCUUCACCGUUAAUGUGGUUGGUGAGGAAGAGAGACCUGUGUGUGUCCUGUGUCUUAAAACGCUGGCAGCGGACAGCAUGAAACCCACCAAAUGAAGAAGACACAUUGAGACGCUACAUCCAAAUUAUGUUCAAAAGCCACUUGAGUUUUUUUAAAAGAACACUUGAUCAAUAUCAUGGGCAGCAAAGUAAUUUUAUAAAAGCCACUUCAGCAACAGCAAAAGCACAACUGGCUUCAUACAAAAUGGCGUAUCGCGUUGCACAAUGCAAGAAGAGUUGAUUCUUCCCGCUGCCAUAGAUAUGGUGUCAGUUCUGCUUGAUAAGGCGAGUGUCCCUAUUCCAAGACUAUUCCAGUGUCUAAUGACACCAUAUCAAGACGAAUUUUUGAUAUUGCAAAUGGCUUGUAGGAACAGCUCAUUGAGAAAAUAAAAGGGAAACGCUUUGCGCUUCAGGUUGACGAGGCCGCUGACAGUAGCAAGCACAGGAUGUUAACAGCGUAUGUGCGCUUCACGCGCUGUGUGCCCCCAAGCUUGAAAAAAGUUUGAGAAUCACUGGCUUACGCAAACAUUUAUACACAACUCUAAACUGCUAAAUAUUUAGGCCCAUUUGAAGUAAAUGGCACCAUGUCGUAUAUACAGUCAUUGGUUUUGACCCAUGCUUUAGACUGACAAUUUCCUGACAAUAAUUUCUAAUAAACACCAUGCUGAGAACAUGUAUUUGUGCCAAAUUCUGACACUUUUAUAAACUAUGUGGAGACAGGACAGAAACCAAAACAAAACACACAUGGCAACAUAGACAAACACAUAACCCAGAAGUGCACGCUGUCAUGUGGCUGAUUGCGUAAGCGCGCUGAGGCCUUCUGCACUCGGCGCUCAGCGCGAGCCGGAAAUACCCGCCACUGGCUGUUUCUCAUUAGUCAAUCUCAUAACUUUAUUAAAUAAAUAAUAAGUGCUAUAACUCAAGAGAAAGACAUUCUGAGCCCACUAAGAACACACUAUGACCCUCAUUGCUUUUCAGUAUAUUUCAUUCCCAUAUAUUUUUUCCAGUUUAGAUUCUCAUAGAGGUAAUAAUUGUGAAAUCCCUGUGGUGCUUGUGUUUAUGCAGGGAUGGAGAUCGCUUUUGUGCUGGACGGCUCUAGUAGCAUUAGCCCGCUGGAUUUUGAAAGGGCCGAAGUACUUAUUAGUAAGGUGAUGAAAAAUGUCUGGACAACAUGUUUCAGUUGCAAGUUUGCAGUAGUGCAGUAUGGGACAGACAUAAGGACAGAACUCUCUCUGAAUGAAAAUAAUGACCAUCUCAGAGCCUUGAAUAAGUUGAAAAACAUAAAACAGAUUCAUGGGAAUACAAAGACUGCUUCAGCCCUCUACCAUGUUCUCACAGACGUUUUUGUUCCUCAAAGUGGAUCAAAAGAGAACGCCAAAAAAAUGAUUAUUCUACUGUCUGAUGGAGAGAUGACGGGAGAUGAAAGAAACCUCACAGAGGUAUUGAACAUGCCACAGAUGGAGGGGAUUGUUCGCUAUGCUAUAGGGGUGGGGCUGGAGGUUCUGCAUAAACGAAAGGCAAUAGAAGAGAUGAUAGACAUAGCUGGCAGUGAAAACCAUUUUUUCAGUAUUUCUAAUUAUUUUGAGUUGGAAGACAUUCUCUCUUCUUUGGAAAAAAGCAUAAUUGGAAUUGAAGAUGCAGGGACGGAGAUCGCUUUUGUGCUAGACGGCUCUGCUAGCAUUGAGAAGGAAGAUUUUGAAAGAGCCAAAGACUUUAUUAAUACUGUGAUGAAUAAUGUUCGGACAACAUGUUUCAGGUGCAAGUUUGCAGUAGUGCAGUAUGGGAGAGACAUAAGGACAGAAUUCUCUCUGAAAGAAAAUAAUAACCUUCCCAGAGCCUUGGAUAAGGUGAAGAACAUAAAACAGAUUUAUGGGUUCGCAAAGACAGCUUCAGCCCUCUACCAUGUUCUCACAGACGUUUUUGUUCCUCAAAGUGGAUCAAAAGAGAAUGCCAAAAAAAAGAUUAUUCUACUGUCUAAUGGAGAGAUGUUGGUACAUCCAAUAAACCUCACAGAGGUUUUAAACAUGCCACAGAUGGAGGGGAUUGUUCGCUAUGCUAUAGGGGUGGGGCCGGAGGUUCUGAAUAAAACACAGGCAAUACAAGAGAUGACAGCGAUAGCUGGUAUCAAAGACAGAUUUUUCAAGAUUUCUAAUUAUGACAGUUUUGAAAACAUUCUCCCUUCUUUGGAAAAAAGCAUAACUGGAACUGAAGGAAAGGGAAUGCAGCUAUUCUGCCUUUCCUAGGAUCCCCAAAGGAGAGCAUUGAGUGCACAACUUCAAACCCAACUGGAUGCUGAGAGAAAUGCUGUUACACGCCUCUAAACAGUUUAAUCCUGAACAAUAUUGGUACAAAUCAGGUCAAAAUGAUAAAUAAUAAUUAAAAAAAAAAAAAAAAAAAGUUAGCACUAUCGUAACGAGAGCAUUUUCAAUUCACUAUUUGGCACACAGGCACUGGAAAAUGUUAAACAAAUAUUGAACAAAACAUUUCAUAUGCAUGUCCUACCAGCUUCCCACACCAAAAAAAUAUAUAACCGGAGGACAUAAAUAGACCAUCCUGUAGGUGGAUGUCAGCCUCUCAUUUCCUGAGAGAGAGAGAGAGAUGUACACCCAAUUCUUAAGCCUAUUUCUGGACAUAAAUAAGUUAUUUUGAAUUAUUUGGAAUCAGUUAUUUUGUUGCCAGAGAACAGGCUACUUGAUUAGACAUUCUUUGAAUUUGACUGAAUUUGAAUCUGAUGCAAUAUCAACAUGAUGUUUUAACUGCUUGACUUUUUUUUUUUUUUUUUGCUUGACAAGAUAUAUUUUAAUUCAAAUAAACAAGGUUUUGCUUCUGCACAGGUUGUUUUGCAGAUGUUUUUUCUGACUGUCUGGUCAACUAUGAUACUGUCUGUCGACAUUUUACUUUUUUUACUUUAAUUAAAAACCUUUUCAAUUUGGUCAAUCUAUUUGCAGGUUGUACAAGCUUUACCAGUUUUAUAUAACAUGACUUAAUAAUAAAAAAUUCAAUGUAACUUUGUUUUGUGAUGAAAAACGAACAUGUACAGACAUAAUAUGAAUCUUUGAUGCCAUUGUCAAGUAGUCUGCAGAGACGGAUGCAGGUGCAGGUUGAUGUUUUAUUAAAAAAUCAGGCAAACACAAGUGUAUCCGUCUGCGUCCUGGAGGAUUACAAACCACUCAAGACUUGUGAAAGUGUGACUGCUAGUCUGUCUUAUUUAUAGUGCGUGUGUGAUGAACAACAGGUGUGUGUAAUCACAAGUCCGGGAAUGCAGAGCAGGUGAAUGAGUCAGGUGACCUGGUUUGUCGUUUCUGCUUAUUUUAACAUUAGCAUUGUGUCAUAUUUGAAUGAAAUUGUAUUACAAAUGUAUUUGCUGCAGCCACUAGUGUUGAAAAGUUGUAAUAGCUGAGUUCACAUUUACUGAUGCAGUAUUUUACCCUAGAUCUAAUCCAGAACUUCACCACAUCCUGUCAUACUCUGACAGAAAAGUUGAUACAACCUGUAUAUAUAAGCAGAACAGCAAACAAAUGGAUUGCACCGACAGUGCAGGUCAAAGCAGUACUUUUAUUUAAAAUUUUUAAAUCUUUUAUUUAUCAACGCUGCCCAGAUUUUUAACGUGACCCAAUUAAACCAAGACAUUUAGAUUAUGAAAUGACAAAGAUCACUGUGAACUGCUCAGUCCACUUUCACUUCAGUUUUUCAGCACAGAGCUGCACAAAAACCACACAAUCACAUGGCCCAUUUUGAAAGCUGCAAACCACAAUGUGUUUCCUUUAAAUGUUAUUUAUUUUUUAUUACCACUUCUACAAAUAUGCAUUCUUUUCCAUUUUAAUACAGCAAUUUUCAUUACAAACUAUAUUCUUGACAACAGCUUGAAUGAAAAGUAGAAUCGUUGAAAUGUUUACAUGAAUUUCAGAGUUUCUUAGUAUCUGGUACGUCCCAUUUUUGCUUCAAUGACAGUGUGCGCUUGAGCUGGCGUGGAAUCCACAAGUUUGCAAAAUCUUAUGAUCCAUUUUAGAUCAAAUCUAAAAUUUGAUUUUAAAAGAGUGUCUUCUGAACACACGCUUCAAUCGAAGAGAUUAGGCAUAAGGAAAAUCCGACCUGUACAAAGCAGUUUAUAUGGUCAAUAUCACAAAUUUGCUUACAUUUAAAUAGGGACCCAGAAAUUGUGCAGAAUCUUAAAUAUUAAAUAUUCAAGAUAUUGAACAUUUACUUUCUUUGUUUUAAAUAUUUACAUAGUUCAAAAUUCUAAAACCUUCUGUUUAUUUCCAAGUUUAAAUUGAAAAUAGUGUGUGUGUGUGUGUGUGUGUGUGUUUACUUUUUUUUUUUUUACUGAUAUAUACUAAUGUAAAAUAUGAAAAUCAGAAAUUCUCCAGCAGCUCUGAGAUUCCUAAAAGAGAGAACAAUCAUUUUUAUAAUAACAUUGCUUAAGAAAAAGCAUGAUUUCUGAUUGGAUCUUUUGAUUCAAGCUCCAGUUUGAGACAACACCCAGAGCAAUGAGGUGACAACAGAUGGUUAUAACCAGCACCCUCACGUGACUAUGUGUUUAUGUGAAUGUUUUAGACUUGACUGAAAUUUUAUUUUUAUUUAUUUAUUUAUUUAUUUUAAUUAAUCAAUGGUAUUAUUUUGUCCUAGUUUCUAAGUAUUUUUAUACCACAGCACUGUUGAAUUCACAGAUAUUAUUUGUCAGAAGAUGUUGAUUAAUUGUCUAUAACAGCAGCUCAGACAGUAGUUCCAGCUACAAGGCAAAUCAUUUGUGUGAGUAUUCAUAUGGUGAAGGAUUCUGUGAGAAGUGUGUACAUUCACAUUUACAGCAUUUAUCAUAUGCCCUUAUCCAGAGCAACUCACAGAAGUGUAGUCUCCAUCAAAAACACAUCCUCUUGCUAGUAUAAUAGGUCAGAGUAUAAGAAUACCAUCAAGCUAAAAUGUUAGUACAGCAUGAAAAGAAAGCACACAAAUCAAGGGAAGUACUUUUAACUGCUUAGUGAAGAGGAAGGCUGUAUUGGUUUGAAGACAGCCAAGGGAGUUCAUUCUACCACCUGGGUGCCAGCAGAGAGAAGAUGCAUGUCUUCCUUGUACUUUGAAGGAUGGUGGGCCCAGUCAAGGUGUGCCGGAGGCUCGAAGGGAACAUGGUGCAGAACGGGGUUUGGUCAUUUCCUUCAAGUAGGUGGGCGCUGGUCUGUUUUUAGCUUUGUAGACAAGCAUCAUUGUUUUAAAUCUGAAGCAAGCAGCUACAAGAAGCCAUUAGAGAGAAUGCAGCAAUGUAGAAGAAUUUGGGUGGAUUAAAAACAAGUUAUUCAGCUGCAUUCUGGGUCAGUUUCAAGGGUAAGAUGACACGCAGGGGCAGACCUGUCAUGAGUUGCAAUAGUUCAAUCUUGAAAUGACAAGGGACUGAACAAGCCCCUAUUUAUUAUUCAUCAUAUCAGUAGGUUACUUGUUAGAGUGAGCUAAUUUUCAUUAAUCUGUUUCCAAUUGCGCUUCACACCACAAGAGUUACAGCUAAAUUAACAAAACAGUAUGGCAACAUACUGUAGCUCUAGUAGUGGCUAUUAUAUAACUUAGAUAUUCUUUCGGAAAUCAUGAGUCUUUUGCUAGAAAUAUGCAGAACACAUACUGUAAACUGUAUGUUUCCCAACAACUUCCUUAAAAAUAUCCAAAUGUGGUGUCAGAGACCUUCCAUAUAUGGACAGACCUAUGCAAAGCUGCUCUCAUAUGUACUCAAAGAAAGACCCACCCACAAUUCCAUAUAUGGAUUCAAAAACACACCUUGUGUGGUUCAGCGAUCUGCAAAAAGACACUAUUCUGGGAAAACGUUUCACAUGGCUUGUCUUUGCUUCU